GGUGGCAGGGUGAGACGGCCGGGUGGGUGUGCCGCGCGGUGUCGCGAGUCGGGCGCGCGGGUGAGGAGCUACGAUAUCGGGGGAGGGUGUUCGCAUUGGAGCACGUGCAGUCCGGCCUCGCCGUGGGGCGAUGUCCUGAACACCGGUCCUUCUGACGGCACAAGCUCUUCCCCGCGCUGACGUCACAAGUUCACCAUGAUGACGUCACGGCCGCACAAGGCCGGGUCGGGCCUGAACGACCUGCUCAUCUACCAGUCCAGUCAGGAGUCCAACGUCACGUCCAAGGGCUCGCUGUACCCGGCGAAGCUGGCCUUCAGCUUGGGCAUGGGCAAGCUGCUGGUCGGCUGUCUGCUGCUGGUGUUCGGCGUGCUGGCGCUGCUGCAGGGGUCCUCACAAGCCUACCUGGGCGGCGGUCUCUGGGGCGGCAUCUGCGUCAUCGUGUCCGGCGCCCUGGGCAUCAUCUCCUCCCGCCGGCCCUGCGCCUACUUCUAUCUGGCGAGCUUCAUGGCCAUGUCAAUCGUGUCUCUGGCCGUGUCUGGCUUGGUGGUCAUCUUCUCAGCCAUCGGCCUCGUGCGUGAUGACGCCAGCUCACGCGCCAUCUACGUCGAUAGUGAGACGGGCGAGCCGCUGGCGUUCCUCGGCGACGUGGUGAUCCGGCGUCCGGCAGUCAUCUUCAGCGCCGUGCUGCUCGGCCUGGCCGUGCUGGACAUCCUGUUCUCGCUCUUCUCCGUCGCCAUCUGCUCGCGCGAGGUCUGCGCCGGCGGUGCCAGCCCUGGGCCGCGUGCCGCCGCCGCCGGGCUCCCACCUGACCAGCCUGCACACAUCGAGUCCAGCUACACAGGUCUGGACCGCGAGAUCGCCGAGGAGUUCAUCACGGCCAGCAUGGAGCCGGGCCUCUCGCAGCAGCGCGAGGCGCGCCUGCAGGAGAUCAGCGAGAGUCUGCACUCCAGUCUGUAG